UACGGAAAUUAAAACAAAAACAAAAGAUCAAGGAAGCAAGCUUUAUUCUUCGGCGAUUUUCAACCCGAACGCACCUAGAGAAGUGAAAGACAACACCAAGUCCCAAACUCUCUCUCCCCCGUCUAGCGAGCCAUGAGUCUGUUCGGUCUGGGCAGAAACCAGAGGACAUUCCGUCCAAAAAAGAGCGCACCCUCGGGGAGUAAGGGAGCACAACUUAGAAAGCACAUUGAUGCAACCCUAGGUAGCGGAAACUUGAGGGAAGCGGUAAAGCUUCCUACUGGGGAGGAUUUAAACGAGUGGCUUGCUGUCAACACUGUCGAUUUCUUCAACCAAGUGAAUUUGCUCUAUGGUACCCUCACAGAGUUUUGUACCGACGAGAAUUGUCCAACAAUGACUGCAGGCCCCAAAUACGAGUAUAGAUGGGCAGACGGUGAAAAGAUAAAGAAACCUAUUGAGGUUUCUGCUCCAAAAUAUGUUGAACUUUUAAUGGACUGGAUUGAAGGCCAGCUUGAUAACGAAUCCAUAUUUCCUCAAAGGCUUGGGGCACCCUUUCCUCUCAACUUCAAGGAUGUUGUGAAGACAAUAUUCAAAAGAUUGUUUCGUGUAUAUGCCCAUAUCUAUCACUCUCACUUUCAGAAGAUUGUAAGCCUCAAGGAGGAGGCCCAUCUAAAUACAUGCUUCAAGCAUUUCAUACUUUUUACUUGUGAAUUUGGACUAAUUGACAGAAAGGAGCUGGCUCCACUUCAAGAGCUUAUAGAUUCCAUUAUCGUUCCUUACUAAAUGGGUUGGCAUAUCCUGUGAAACAUAAUGUUUUAGGGGAACUCAAGUAAACUAAACUUAACAAAUGUUGCUAACAGUCUUGACUUUGGAGUUUCUCUAAAGUUGCUUCAUAUUACAAAUGCUUGUGCUUCUGUUGUAUGCCUUUUGACUUUGUAAAUUGUUUUCAUGCCAACGUUUUACCCUGGUGGGCAUUGUUGUUAUUGCUGAAUAUAUAAUACUUGUUGG